CUCUCUACCCCACAUAUACAUCAGUAUGUCUUUAGCACUGGUAGCGCUAUACAGUCAGCGAGCGGAGACCGAGCCCGCUUAGUAUUCCGAGCACAGGGGAAAGAGAAGGGAGGGGAGAGUGAAAUAGAAAGAAAAAACGAGGGUGAGAAGACAGAAAAAAACAUUCCAAGACAAGAAAAUAGGAAAGCGUGAGAGAGGGGAGCGGAGAGAUAUCAUAUUGUUAAUUUCUCCCUCUCAGUCUACCCCUCCGCCUUAUCCUUCCAUCCCAGGUGCAGUAUUUGAGCCCAUUUUCCUGUCUUGGGGUACAGGGCGGAAUGUUGAUUUUAAACGCGUCGCAUCUGAAAAAAAAAUAGGCUAGUGUUUGGAAGAAAAGGGCUUGUAGGAGAGAGCAGUCGCGGAUACAACAUAGAGGUGAUGUUGGAGCCAUUUAUAAGACAUUCUAUGAAUCUAGGUUGGAGGAAAACCAGGAAAACUACUGCAUUCCAUUGAAUCCUCUUCGAACUACAUUACCCAGAGCUGAACCGUGCUCUAAUGCUGUUAGAGCUUUCCCUAUCUCUGGGACAUUAGAAAAAGAAGAAGACGAACUAGUAUAAGGUUAUGAAUUUGUUGGAAGCAUAACCAAGUGCUGUUCAGCUGUAUCUUGGUGGAGAAGACAUUUCAAACAUGACAGGGACUCCUAGGCUUUACAAACAACUCUAAUACAGGAAAAGCCAAAGGGGUGGGUUUGGCUCACACAUUUAUGGGCGUGUCAGUCAAGGAGGGUCUCUGCUAGUCUCCUCCUAAGUAGACAGCGCCUGAUAGAGCCCCUCCCCUUAUUCCUGGAUUGGUCCAAUCUUCACUGGCCCCAAUCUUCUCUCCAGACCCUCCAAGGAAGGUGGCCGGAUCUAAGCUCUCCUCACCCAGGUGCCGUCCGUUUGGUGAGGGCAGCGAGGGCUGUGCUGUGAUUGGUUGACUGCGGGUGGGAGUGCAAUGCAGAUUGGAGGAUGUCGGGGGACUGGGAUGAAGACCACCUGUGUAAGAAGGCACUCACUCUGGUGGAGGAGUUGUGCUUACACUCCUCAGCGAAGGACAGCCAUGAAGCCAGCUGCCGAGACUUCGUCUACAUGAUGAGGGGACAGCAGCACGAAACAGAGAUCUCUGUCAGCCUCUUGUCAGUGAUCGUGACGUUCUGUGGGAUCGUCCUUCUCUCAGUCUCUCUCUUUGUCUCCUGGAAGCUCUGCUGGUUGCCAUGGCGAGACAAGGAGGGUGGGGGCCUGAGCUUGACAUCGGGGCUGAUGCCCGGGGGCGUGGGUGGGAUGGGUGGCAGUGGGGGGGCCUCCCUCCUACCUCCUGUCAUGCAGAGGAAGGCGUCCCACUCCUCGCUCUACCCCUCCCUGGCCCAGCCCCAGCAGCAUCACCCCCACUUCUCUGACCUGCUGGGGGUGGAGAGUGGCCAGGGGGUGGGGGGCGUAGUGGGAGGGCCGGAACAGACCCAGGAACAUUCCUACCUGGACAUGGACUCCUACCCCAACAACGCUGGGAAUCUUAAGUUGAGCCAGACGUCUCCAGAGUUGCCCCCCACCACUGAGGGGGGAGCCGCCCCGCCCCACAAAGACCUGCCCAACGCCCACUCCCAGCAGCAGGUCACUGCACGGCCCAAGCCCAUGACUCACCAGCUGUCCAGCCCUGAUUUCCAUGGUGAGGAGAAGAGCGAGCAGGUGACCAGCAUUGGCCAAAUCAAACCGGAACUCUACAGACUGCGUGGGGGCGACCAGGGGGAGGGGAAAACGGGGGACAACUGCGGCAAGAUCAGCUUCCUCCUGCGCUACGCCUUCAAUACAGAGCAGCUAGUGGUGAAGAUCCUGAAGGCUGUAGACCUGGCUGCCAAGGACGCCAAUGGCUUCUCAGACCCCUACGUCAAGAUCUACCUACUGCCAGACAGGAAGAAGAAGUUCCAGACCAAGGUCCACAGAAAGACCCUGAACCCGAUAUUCAACGAGACGUUCCAGUUCGGCGUGCCCCUGGCAGAGCUGCACUCCCGGAAGCUGCACUUCUCCGUCUACGACUUCGACCGCUUCUCCAGACACGACCUGAUUGGCCAGGUGGUGGUGGACAACCUGCUGGACUUCAGCGAGGGCACCGGGGAGAAGCCUGUCUGGAGGGACAUUGUGGAGGGCACCGCGGAGAAGGCUGACCUAGGGGAGCUGAACUUCUCUCUGUGUUACCUGCCCACGGCAGGUCGGCUCACCGCCACCGUCAUCAAGGCCACCAACCUCAAAGCCAUGGACCUCACCGGCUUCUCAGACCCGUAUGUGAAGGCUUCUCUGAUAUGUGACAGCCGAAGGCUAAAGAAGAAGAAGACAUCCAUUAAGAAGAACACAUUGAACCCCACCUACAACGAGGCUCUGGUCUUUGACAUCCCCCAUGAGGACAUCGACAGGGUGUCCAUCGUCAUCGCUGUCAUGGACUAUGACUGUAUUGGUCAUAACGAGGUCAUAGGGAUGUGUCGUGUGGGCAGUGACGCUGAGGGUCCUGGGAGAGAGCACUGGACAGCCAUGCUGGCCAACCCCCGCAAGCCCAUAGACCACUGGCACCAGCUCGUCGAGGAAAAACUUGUGGCCUCAUUUGUGUCAAAGAGUCCCGCAGCCUCCCCCAAGCCUCACAUCGUGGUGGACAGUCCUCACUCUGAGUAGAACUGUUAUUAUCAUCUUUCCAGUUCCAGACUUUCCUUUCUUUCCGCUCAUCUGUGAAUAAUUCUCUCCAUCAAACAAAGAGAGAUAAGGAGACACAUCAACUGCUACUGCUGUUCUACUGCUACUAAUGAAUUUUCCAACUCCUGUCGCAACAAAGCACAGGAAAACAGAUUCUACAUUCUAUACAAGCAACACUUAGAACUCUGACACACACACACACACACACACACACACACACACACACAUACAUACACACACUGUGCUUCAGGUUAAUGCCAGUAAUUAAUCCAGGAGGAGUGUGAUGAUGCAUAUUUCUCCCUCCAAUCAGACCUGGGCCUAAGGAUUCUGCACUGUAUAGACUUCAAAAGACAAACCAUGUCAAUGCUUUACUUUAGGCCAUUAGUAUACAGGUGUAGGAGUUAGGAAACGUCUGUGCAGCAUUUUCAGCAGGGCAAAAAUCAGUUGUGGAGACUCUAGUCUAGUCAAUUCUUGACGCCUGGUUUGGGCCUACCCUCUGGAUCCUGGCUUUUCUGGCUUCUUUUAGCUGGAGGAAGGAACCUUCACCGGUCAUUAUUCUUGAUGUCAGGGGAGGGAGAAAUGUGGAUGAACCCAUCUGCCGAAGCAUGUUUCGUAACCUUGAAAUGUGUCCCUUCACCUCAUUAUUUUGUCGCCUUCUUCAUGGUGCUCAUUAAUAUGAAUUCGCUUUUAUUUUUCUAUUUGUUUAGUUUUGGGGGUUUGUGUAAUAUAAUCAUCCAGAAUGGAAUUUAUCCAUACAAUUUUUUUACGAUCCACUAAGGAUGUGACAGUGAGUACUUGAAGACCUGAACUAUUUGAGCGCCUUCGGAUGUUACAGGAAUAGUGUUCCACUGUUUGGACAUACUGGCAGACUUUACCCCAGAGGACUCUACAGGAGAACUGUGAUGAGGACGGACCUGCUCGGCUUGGAGUGCACUUACUGGAAAUGUAUCCUACAGGGAAGGAUUUCACCAUUAUACCGAAUUUUUCUAUCAUUCCAGGAUUUUGUUUUUUGGAAAGACAUUAUUUAAUUUCAAAAUAAAAAAAUUGUCUGCAGUCCAUCAUGUCUCCGACUGGACGACAACGUUAGAAGGACACACAAUUUUGUGUUGCUUUGAUUUGUGUGUAUUUCUGUGUUUGUGUGUGUGUGUGUUUUGUAUUUGUGUGCGUCUGUGUGUGUAUGCCUGUGUGUCUGUGUGUGUCACUGUGACCUUCUGUGUGACACAUUUCUGUGCUCAUGCUGUUCCUAUCUUCUACCUGUCCUCGGGGCCCUACACCAUUCCUAGCAUCCACAGACUGAAACUCCUGUCUUUGAACAAAAUGUGGCUUCUGUCCUGUGCGUCUUAGAAGAACCAUUUUUGUGUAGGACCCAUUGCACUUGGUGGGGAGUGGGAUACUUAUGAUCCCUGAUGAACAGUCGGUCUCUCAGAGAUUAGAGUGUAUUGCCUGUGUUGUUUCCCAGAUCAGCUGUCAGUCACUCAAAAGUGCCCCCCCCCCCCACCUGAUCUAAGUAACUGUGUUGGUUGUGUACUUCUUUUAGUAAAUGUGUACUGUAUGUCUGAGGGCAAACCAGUUGGCACCGUGAUUGAAAAAUAAAAAUGUUGGAUACGUUUUGAUUACUUAUAAAAAAAGAUACAAAAAAACAGAUGAGGUAUAAUUUUUGACUAGUUUAUGUCCCCUAGCAGUCCCUCCAAACGGGGAGACAGAGAGGGGGUAGCCAUGUCCUUUACCUCUAGUGAAAUACAAUGACCCCCGGUUUACGCUCUGCACUUCCUCUUUAAGCACCAUGUGGCUACUGCCAUGAGAGAACCAUGUCUACCGCAACUUCUGCUACUAUAACCUCAACUAACUGUUAGCAUUACUAAUGCUAUGGCUGCCAUUUCCUCUUAAACGCAUUCAGGGGGAUCCAGUUACUAUUCCAACUUCAGGCCAAGGAAGUGCAGGGAUGCUUACCGGUAUGCUUGGUAUGCACACAGAUUAAAGCUGUAUAUCCCAUAUCAUAGCCAGAAGUUUUCCAUCUGGUACUGUAUGUCACCUCAGGUUGUUCUGGGAGGUCAUUGAUCUGCCUGUAUAAGUAGAUACUAUAGUAUUGAUCCAUUGGCCUAUCUCCAGGCUCUGUCUCCAUCCCUCACAGUCCAUAUGAUUCUCUGCCCCAUAACGCUGUGGUGUUAGCAAUCACUCAGCACUGGAGGUGGUUAGUGUGCUCCCAGUAUUACCCUCCACCUCUCUCUCUCUCUCUCUAAAUAUACCUUUCUCUUUCCCCUUUAUCUCUUUCUAUACCUGUCUCUCGCUCUCCUUGAUUGCUGGUCCUCCCACUCUAUUUCUAAAAACUCCCAUUUUCCCACUUCCCUCUCUCUCUCUGUCUCUCUCUCUCUCUCUCUGUGUGUCUCUCUCAGUGUUAGUGCAGUUCUGAAUGGACAUAGGGAAAUGUGUGUGCAUGCUAAUAUUAACAUGAAUGAUGUCAACUUGAUGCAAUGAUAAUUCAAUAUGUGAUGCUUUAAGCAAAACCUGACAAUGAACUUGAUACUAAUACUACUAAUGACGAAAAUGGAGACCUAGCAAUCGUUAUCUCUGUAAUCAAAACAAUGAUGAUAAAUAACAUUGUUUAUCCUGUAUAUCUUCCUUAAAUUGGUAUUCCUGAUUUAAUUUUUGAUUAUUUUGAUAAUUUCUUCAGAAGUUUACUUUUUUUAUGGGUUAAACUGAGAAAUAGACAUUUGAACAGAAGUGAGACAUUCAGUCAGGAUGCUUGUUUCAGCCAGAGAACUAGGAGGAGGAGGGUGAAGAGGAAGAUGAUGUAGGUGAACGUGUGGGAGAUGGUGUGGCUGAAGCAAUGAUAAUGGAAAUAAAGGAUAUGUAUCAUCCAGC